CCAAAUUGAAUCGGUGUUGUUCUAUCGAGUAAAAUAAAAUAGAAUAGGAUACAAAAUAUUUCCGUUGCUCGUUUCAUCCUCCAUUUCCCCUGUUACAUUCGUCAUUUAUCUAAUUAUAUUAUAUCAAAUCAGUCUCUUCGGCGCACCUCCGCGUUGAUCAAUCAAAGGCAUAAUUGCAUAUUGAUUAUAAUAAUCGAGUUUUUAAUCGGGAUUCUGAAUUGAUUUAUGUUGGGGGUUGAGCUCAAUCGGAAUUUUAUAUCGUGGUAAUUUAGUAUAGGGUUUCUGAUAUUGAGGGAGAUGAACAGGAUUUUGGAACUAAGAGAGCGUCUGAUCGCCGAUUAACCGGCGAGGUGAUUCCCUGCUUUGAGGGGUUUGGGCUUUUGUAUGGAAACUCGGAGCCGGAAGCGGGCGGAGGCCACCUCAUCAGCGCCUUCUUCUUCCUCUGGUCCAACCACCCGAGCUGCCAAGCGAGCUCGUUUGAACGCCUCCGCAUCUACUCCCACUACUGCUACCGCCACUGCCUCUAAUUCCGCGUCGAUCGCUACUCGUUCCCGAGUGCCCACUCGUUCUCGUGCUGCCAACCGUUCCCAGGACUCAAUUGCAGCUUCCGCACCGAUGGACUCCACUAAUGAAUCCUCUGGGUCUGCCACCCGCAGUCGCCGCGGUAGGAACCCUACUCAUACUUCCGAUAAGGACAGUUCGGUUAAAGGCAAAGAGAAAGAACACGAGGUUAGGAGUAGGGGAAGGGAUAGAGAUGCUGAAAGGAGCAUUGGGUUGAAUCUAGAAUCUGGGGGAGGUGACGAUGAUGAAAAUGACAGUGAAGGAGGUGUUGGAAUUUUGCAGCAUAAUUUAACUUCUGCAAACAGUGCACUUCAGGGUCUGCUCAUGAAACUGGGUGCUGGGUUGGAUGAGUUGCUUCCAAGCGCAGCAAUGGGUUUGGGGUCUUCCUCGCAUCAAAAUGGUCGACUCAAGAAGAUAUUGUCCGGGCUUAGGGCGGAUGGUGAGGAAGGAAAGCAAGUAGAGGCUUUGACACAGCUUUGUGAUAUGCUUUCCAUAGGGACUGAGGAUUCACUCAGCACUUUCUCAGUCGAUUCGUUUGUUCCAGUGUUGGUUGGUUUACUUAAUCAUGAGAGUAAUCCAGAUAUCAUGCUUCUUGCUGCCAGGGCAUUGACCCAUCUGGUUGAUGUUCUACCAUCUUCAUGUGAGGCAGUUGUACGUUAUGGUGCAGUUUCAUGCUUUGUUGCUCGCCUGCUCACAAUUGAAUACAUGGACUUGGCUGAACAGUCUUUACAAGCUCUAAAGAAGAUAUCUCAGGAGCACCCUACAGCUUGUUUGAGAGCUGGUGCACUUAUGGCUGUGCUUUCAUACCUUGAUUUCUUCUCUACUGGAGUUCAGAGAGUAGCAUUAUCCACUGCUGCAAAUAUGUGCAAGAAACUCCCAUCAGAUGCAGCUGACUUUGUUAUGGAAGCUGUUCCAUUGUUAACAAACCUCCUUCAGUAUCAUGACGCCAAGGUUCUAGAACAUGCUUCCAUCUGCUUGACUCGAAUUGCUGAGGCAUUUGGAUCUUCUCCCAAGAAGUUGGAUGUACUGUGUAAUCAUGGACUUCUUACACAAACUGCUUCUCUUAUCUCUGCUAGUAAUUCUGGCGGUGGUCAGGCUUCCCUUAGCACUUCAACAUACACAGGCUUGAUUCGGCUUCUCUCAACAUGUGCACGUGGCUCUCCUCUGGGAACAAAAACUUUGCUUCUCCUUGGAAUCACUGGCAUUCUUAAAGAAAUUCUUUCUGGAUAUGGUCUUCUCAGCAAUGUAUCUGUUCCAUCUGCUUUUAAUAGACCACCGGAGCAGAUUUUUGAAAUUGUGAAUCUGGCUAAUGAACUUCUCCCCUCAUUACCUGAUGGAACAAUCUCUCUUCCAGUCAGCACUAAUGUGUUUGUCAAGGGUUCUUUAAAUAAGAAAUCUAUCGGUGGUGAUUCUAGCAAACAGGAGGAUGCAAAUGCAACUUCUCAGGAGGUUUCAUCCCGUGAGGAACUGUUAAAAGAGCAGCCUGAGCUUCUGCAGCAAUUUGGAAUCGACCUCCUUCCUGUUCUAAUCCAGAUAUAUGGGUCUAGUGUGAAUGGUCUUGUUCGGCACAAGUGUCUCUCAGUUAUUGGGAAACUUAUGUACUUCAGCACUGCUGAUAUGAUUCAGUCCUUGAAUAGCAUCACUAGCAUAUCAAGUUUUUUGGCUGGUGUUUUAGCCUGGAAAGAUCCUCAAGUACUGGUUCCUGCCCUUCAAAUUGCUGAAAUCUUAAUGGAAAAGCUCCCUGGUACUUUUGCCAAAAUGUUUGUUCGAGAGGGUGUUAUUCAUGCUGUAGAUGCACUAGUAUUAGCUUCUUCUGGCACUGCUUCUCAGCCAUCAUCCUCUGAGAAGGAUAAUGAUUGUAUACCUGCUUCAUCAUCUCGUUCCAGGCGUUAUCGACGUCGAGGCUGUAAUUCAAAUACAGAUACAUUCUCCACUGAAGAUCCUAAAAGUUCAGUUCCAAACAUUGGCUCACCCCCAAAUCCUAGGGAAGUUCCUACUGCCAGUUCUAGUCUUCGCAUGGCUGUCGGUGCUCGUGCAAAAGCUUUCAAAGGAAAGUAUUUCCCUUCAGAUCCUGCGUCUACUGAAGCUGGUGUUACAGAUGAUCUUCUUUGCCUGAAGAAUCUUUGUGCUAUGCUGAAUGCCACUCUUGAUGGGCAAGUGAUUAAAACCAAGGGAAAAUCAAAAGCUUCUGGCCCUCAACUUGGUGAAAUUUCUGCUGGUAAAGAGGAAAGUUUAAUUGGUCUGAUAGCUGAGAUGCUGGGGGAGCUUAGCAAGGGAGAUGGUGUUUCAACCUUUGAGUUUAUUGGAAGUGGUGUUGUGGAGUCCUUGCUGAAUUAUUUUACAUGUGGAUACUUCUCUAAGGAAAGAAUUUCAGAUCCUCAUCUUUCUAGGCUUCGACAACAAGCAAUCAAAAGAUACAAGUCUUUUAUUGCUGUUGCCCUUCCUGUUGGUGUUGAUGAAGGGAAUUUGGCUCCUAUGAGUGUUUUGGUUCAAAAGCUUCAAAAUGCUCUCUCUUCCUUGGAGCGCUUCCCUGUUGCACGCCUUUCUUCUGGCUUAAGUGCUCUAUCUCAACCUUUCAGGCUGCGUCUUUGUAGAGCACAAAGUGAAAAGUCCCUUCGCGAUUAUUCAUCAAAUGUUGUAUUGAUUGAUCCACUUGCAACUUUAGCUGCCAUAGAAGACUUCCUCUGGCCCCAUGUUCACAGAAUGGAAUCUGAACAAAAGACCUCUGCAUCAGUUGGCAAUUCUGAGACAAGUACCAUGCCUACUGGAGCUGGUGCACCAUCUCCAUCUACUUCAACUCCUGCUUCUCGUCGCCAUUCUACACGAUCAAGGUCUGUUCUGAAUAUAACAGAUGCUGCAAAGGGAUCAUCACAAGAAAAAAAUGCAAGCUCAUUAAAAGGAAAGGGUAAGGCUGUUCUGAAAUCAGCUCAAGAAGAGGGAAGCGGACCGCAAACAAGAUAUGCUUCUCAUAGAAGAGCUGCUUUGGAUAAAGAAUCACAAGUUAAUCCUGUGGAUGUGAACUCCACUUCUGAGGAUGAGGACAUUCCUCCUGUUGAAGUUGACAGUCCUUUGGUGAUUGAAGAUGAUGAUAUCUCUGAUGAUGAAGAUGAAGAUGAAGAUGAAGAGGACCAUGACGAUGUUUUGAGGGAUGAUUCACUUCCUCUUUGCAUGCCUGAUAAAGUGCAUGAUGUGAAACUGGGUGACUCCUCUGACGCCAGUCCUGUUGCCAAUGCACCAAGUGAUAGCCAGACAAAUGCUGGUGGUGGUUCCUGCAGCAUAGCUGCUUCCCUUCGAGGAUCUGAUUCUUCUGAGUUUAGGAGUGGAAGUUCUUAUGGUUCUAGGGGUGCAAUGUCAUUUGCUGCAGCUGCAAUGGCAGGACUCACGUCCAGAGGCGUGAGGGGAGGAAAGGACCGGCAAGGACAUUCUCUCUUUACUUCUAAUGAUUCUGGAAGAUUAAUAUUUUCCACGGGUGGGAAGCAGCUAAAUAAGCAUUUGACUAUUUACCAGGCCAUUCAACGGCAGCUUGUCCUAGAUGAAGAUGAUGAUGAGAGAUAUGGGGAAGGAGAUUUUGUAUUGAGUGAUGGAAGCAGAAUUUGGACCAACAUUUACACCAUCACAUACCAAAGGGCAGGCAGCCAAGCUGAGAAGGGUGUGAAUGGUGCUGGUACAUCAACUUCCUCCAAGUCUACAAAAGCUAGUUCUUCAGUGGAUUUAAGUGAAGAUUCCUUACUGCAUCAAAUAUCACUAUUAGAUAGUAUUUUGCAGGGAGAUCUUCCUUGUGAUCUUGAUAAAAGUAACCCUACAUAUAACAUUUUAUCACUUCUACGUGUACUGGAGGGUUUGAAUCAGCUUGCACAGCGUAUGCGGGUCCAGUCAGUGAUUGACAAUUUCUCUGAAGGGAAAAUAUGUAGUCUAGAUGAACUAAAUGUCAGUGGUGUCAAAAUUCCUUCAGAGAAGUUUGUCAAUAGUAAGCUCACUCCAAAGUUGGCUCGGCACAUCCAGGAUGCACUUGCACUCUGCAGUGGAUCUCUUCCAUCAUGGUGUUACCUUUUAACAAAGGCUUGUCCCUUUCUGUUCCCAUUUGAGACUAGGCGUCAGUACUUUUAUUCAACUGCUUUUGGGUUGUCUCGAGCAUUAUAUCGACUUCAACAGCAGCAAGGUGCUGAGGGUACUGGAUUGACAAAUGAGAGAGAGGUAAGGCUUGGGAGGCUACAGCGGCAGAAAGUCCGUGUCUCCAGGAAUCGCAUAUUGGACUCUGCUGCAAAAGUAAUGGAGAUGUACUCUACCCAAAAAGCUGUUCUUGAAGUUGAAUAUUUUGGUGAAGUUGGAACAGGAUUGGGCCCUACUCUAGAGUUUUAUACCCUUCUAAGUCAUGACCUACAGAAAGCAGGACUAGGAAUGUGGAGAACAAGCUUACAUCCCAACAAACAUGCAGCAGAAAUGGAUGUUGAUGAGCGAGUAAAUGGAAAACCUGGUGAUACCUUUGGCUUGAACUCGGAUGGUGGUGAUAAAGAUCUUAUCUUAGCACCUCUUGGGUUAUUCCCACGUCCUUGGCCUCCAAGUGCAGAAAAUACUGAGGAUGGUAAAUUCUCUAAGGUAAUAGAAUAUUUCCGGCUACUAGGACGUGUAUUGGCGAAAGCCCUUCAAGAUGGGCGGCUUUUGGACCUUCCACUGUCUACUGCCUUCUAUAAGCUUGUACUUGGUCAGGAACUUGAUCUGUAUGAUAUUCUUUCUUUUGAUGCUGAACUGGGUAAAACUAUACAAGAGUUGCAAGCUCUUGUAUGUCGGAAGCAAUAUCUAGAAUCAACUGGAGGUGAUAACAGAGACAAAAGUCACAAAACCACUGAUUUAUACUUUCAUGGGACUCCAGUUGAAGACCUUUGCUUAGAUUUCACUCUCCCAGGCUAUCCCGAAUAUAUUCUGAAACCAGGGGAUGAAAAUGUUGAUCUUAAUAAUUUGGAGGAGUACAUAUCUCUAGUGGUUGAUGCAACAGUCAAGACUGGAAUUGUGCAACAAAUGGAAGCGUUUCGAUCUGGCUUCAAUCAGGUAUUUGAUAUUUCAACCCUACAAAUAUUUUCUCCAAAUGAGUUGGACCAUUUGCUUUGUGGCCGUCGAGAGUUGUGGAAGGCUGAGACACUGGUGGAUCACAUCAAGUUUGACCAUGGUUACACUGCUAAGAGCCCUGCCAUUAUAAAUUUGCUGGAGAUCAUGGGUGAAUUCACUCCUGAACAGCAAAGGUCUUUCUGUCAAUUUGUUACUGGUGCUCCUCGGCUUCCUCCUGGUGGCCUGGCAGCGUUGAAUCCCAAGUUGACAAUUGUGAGGAAGCAUUCUUCAAGCACUGGAAAUGUGGGGCAAAAUGGUAACGGGGCAUCAGAGUCUGCAGAUGAUGACCUGCCUAGUGUAAUGACUUGUGCUAAUUACCUGAAACUUCCUCCAUACUCCACCAAGGAAAUGAUGUACAAGAAGUUGGUGUAUGCAAUCAAUGAAGGUCAAGGAUCCUUUGAUUUAUCGUAGUUGAAGCAAAGUAAGUAGUUGGAGUUGUGCUUAACAGUUAGAAGUUUGAUUGAAAUUAUUGGUGAAGAAGGAAGGGAGGAGUUCUGACUAUUAUCUAUCCCAGCAGCAACAUCUAAGCUCAAGAUGGGGAGUCGUUGGAGGAUGCAACUUUUUUUUAAUCCUAGGGUGGUCGCCUCAUUUCUGCUGCAAAUUCUUGUAAAUACGUAGAGAAUCAUUCUUUUAAUUAUUAUUAUUAUUACUAUUUUUAAUUUUAACUAAUUUAGAUGAUAGCUAGAAUGGAUAUGCACAUUUUAUGGGCAGUGGUUGCCAUCUUUCUCCGCUUAACACUACUGUUAUUAUGUUACGUUUAUGCUUAGUAUAGUAAUAAUAAAUUUAAUAAUAACAAAUAGAGUAAAUUUCACUUUUA